CUACCUCUCAGGGCUUUUUUUGUUUUUAUUAUCAGCUGUUCGUUGGGAUCUGUACUGCGGUGCUAUAAUUUGCAUGGAAUAAAAGCAAAAAUAAACAAAACAAAAGAGCAUAUAUUCUACACCUCUACCUCGGAUUAAACUACCAAAGAUUUAUUUUUAACGAAUUAGACGUCGGGAAAUCGGUUGCUCUAUAAAGAAGCAGGUCAUUCUGCUGAGAUCUGAGUUCUGCCAGCGAAGAAGUGUGAGACUCAUACAAUCAAACGUAAUUUAUAACCAUGCUUCAACGGCUCACAAACCUGCUCUUUGGAAGCGUGAAUGAAACAACUCAGGAACCAACUGUACCAAAACCAGGGUCUCCGGAAGUGGAUGAGGAGGGCUGGCUUCUGGUCAGCGCAGCGGAUGGAGAGACAUCCUCUGAACCCAAUGAGGUUCAGUUGAAGAUAGUAAGAACCCUGUCAAGCACUGAGAAAAGUGCUGCCAGCUUGGUCAGUGAUGCAAGCAUCGCAGAGCCAGAGGUCCCUGUUGCUCGAGGCAGUGGUCGAGUAUCUCAGCGGUUGGUCUCUCAGUCUGGGGCUCUGGUCAAAGUCACACAGGUGGGCCGGAUACAGCGGGCUCAGGCUCGGGCCAACCGCCACAAUCUCGGCCGCAAAUGCAUUCAGCGCCAGAACCACAUCCGUCAACGUGUUCCUCAACAUUACUCUCGCAAACAGCGUGUGAUCCUCCACCAGCCUGGCCGUCGCAAUUUUAGUCACUAAAGAUGCAGAGAGAGUCAACAAGCACGCAAGCACAUGCAAGUACUUUGGUUCAAAAUAAAAGCUUGAUAUAAAAAUGUUUGAACCAUUUUUUUUGUUAUUUACAAUGUAGGGUAUAAUAAACUCAGUGGCAGCUAAAAUUAUGCCUCCAAAAAUUAUUAGAAAAUCUUUUUUACUUUCUAGUGUACUAGACUGUCAUGCAGCAAUAAAAUUAAAUGAAGGAC